GUGGCUCUUAUCUAAGUCACCAUCAAUUCAUAUGAUCAACUUCCAAUGCCACAAUUCUAUUUAUACAAAGAGGUUAAUUGUUAUCAUAGAUUUUAUACAAAUUCAGAAGAACAAGGCUGCUAUUUCAUUCUUUGGGAGGAAGAAAUGAUUGAAUCAUGGAAAAGGAAGUGGAAAGUGAAAAGACAGUUAUCCCGCUCCCUGAAGUAACAGGCGUACCGAGGGCAAAGACAGCUGGGAUCUUUCCAAAUGCCAUUGACAUUAUUUCUGGGAGCAGGAAGCACUUCUUUGGAUCCUUCCUAUCCCGCGAUGAAGCUUUUAAGAUUGUUAAUGAUGGAUGGUUGCGACAGGUCAAUGAUGCCAGAUUAGCCAUAGAACAGCAGCAGGAAUCAACAUCCGAACUCAGCAGCCAAGAGAAUGAAUUUGUAACUGUUGACAAUGUCAAAAGUUCUGAUAUACUUGACAAUGAGGCACUUUCUACUGACCUGAGCCAAGGUACUUCUAUGUGCAAAGAUGAGGGAGUUCCAUCCAUUGUUGGAGAAGACCCGAUGGUUGUUCCAGAGAAGCAAUCCAGUGUUGAACAGGUUGCUGAGUCUGAAUUGAAUAAUAAUCCCCCUAGAGUGAGGUCGAACUGGAUCGAAGAGGAUAUUGAUGCUCCGACAACCCCAGAAGGUUUUACAAGUGUUGCAGAAUCAAAGUUUCCGAUAAAGGUUGAAGACUUCUUUAGGUACUUCUUCUCGGAUGAUGCAAUAAAUUUUAUCGAGUCUUUUCGUAAACAAUGCGGCGAUAAAGACUUCAAGUGUGCUUCAUGGCAGCCUGAAGAGAAAUUUGGGUAUGCUCGUGAACUGUCAUUUCAACAUCCAAUAAAAAUUUAUCUUGGAGCCAAAUUGGGUGGCUGCCAUGAGGUCCAGAAAUAUCGAGUUUAUAGGAACAGUCAUUUGGUUAUACAGACAUCGCAAGAAGUCAGUGACGUACCUUAUGCAGAUUAUUUUCAUGUUGAGGGAUUGUGGAAUGUAGAGAGAGACAAGGAUGAAUCAAAAGAAUGCUGCAUUUUACGGGUAUAUGUGAAUGUGGAAUUUUGUAAGAAAACUAUCUGGAGAGGCAAAAUAGUACAGUCAACAGUUGAUGAAUGCAAAGAGGCUUACGGAACAUGGAUAAACAUGGCACAUGAGUUCUUGAAAGAGAAGAACCUUGUAAAAGAAGAAAGUGGUUCUGUUGCUGCUGUUGCUCAAAAUGGCAAAAUGAUUUUCGAUAGAGAAGCAAAGACAGGAGAAACUUUAGAAGGAUCACAGGAUCAAAGUAAUCCUACAGGGAGAGAAACUACAUCCAAUGCCAUUGAUGAUGCUAUUCCCAAUGUCAAUACUCAAUUGCAAGGAAAUUUCAUUGGCGUGUCUAUUCCAUCUUUGUUCAGAGAGUUUGCGACAAAGAUUAGGUCAUCUUUGAAAAAUCAGAGCAAUCUUUCGCUGCUACUUGUUACCAUUUUUGCUCUGAUUUUCUUCAUGCAGCAGUUUAGCAUACUGAUGCUGUUGGCCAGGCCUCAACAUAUACAUAUGAACACUCCUGUAGAGUUUAUGAAUAAGAUGGACAAUGGAGUGACUAGAAAUCCUUCGGACAUAGCGUGGUUGGAGAAAAGAGUUCAUUACCUUAAAGAUGAGAUGUACAUGGUUGAGACUAGGCUUGAAAGAAUGCGAUAUGAGCAUGCUCUCAUAAAAAAGCAACUAAAAGAUUUAGAUAUAUAGUGUUUGUGUUUAUAUAUAAUAUUUGUGUAUAUAAUGUUGUUGAAUAUAGCAUUAAAAAAUGAUGAUUCAUACCUUGUUGUAAAUGAAACAGUUUAUGUUAUGCCUAAAAUAGAACAGGCGAGUUAUUUGUGAUUCAUGAGUUGUUUUUGUUUGGUUGUUGCUCACACUAUGUGUAUGUUUGGUUUCAAUUCCGGAGCAGCCAGAAUUGAUUCUAGACAUGUAGAAUGAAUUCUGACUUGUUUGGUUCCUCAAAACUAGAAUUGAUUCUGCCUUCAGAAUGGAUUCUACUUGAAGCUAGAAAUUAUAGCUUCUCAUUCUAGAAUUGAUUUUUACACUCAAAUUAUUUGUUCAA